AUGCGGCGUGGAACCCGGGGGACUGGGGUGGUGAGGAAGGCGGAGGAGGUGCGGCGGAGGCUGCCUGCUUCCCCUCCAGUCAGCCCAGAGGAACUCCCCCCACCCCCAGCCCGGGCUGCGGCGCCGGAGAAGAGGGAGGAGGCUGCGGUAGUCGGCUGUUUUCCAUUUCACUUUUGCAGACCAAGGCGGAGAAGAGCACCAGCUCCGCUGCUCGUCUUGUCUGCAGCGCGCUCAACGCCGAGCGAGUCUCAGCUUCCGCUCAGUCUCGGCUUCCAAGCUUGCCAAAGUGUCCGAAAACGCGCAGAGCGCUCGGAACCUGUCCCGCAGCUGUGCGACGCGCGUCUUGAGCUGGCCGCAGCCGCCCCGCCCUCGCGCGCCUUCUGCCCCGCGGGCGGGGAUGCCGGCUCCGCGGCCGCUCUACCGGGACCCUGCUCCAGGCCCGGGCGUGCUCCGGCUCGAGGUGGAAGGCACACCCGGGGUAGUGGAUUUAGGCAAACACACCUUUGUGAGUACACACGACACGGGCGCGCGCGCACACACCCUACAGGCGCGCGCGCACAGUCCAGCCGGCUGCAGACGGCGCGCCCCGGCCGCUCGGCGGCGGAUUGUGGCUGCGAGCGCACUCGGUGCGCCUUUGGUUCCACGGCCAGCCUCGACCCCAGGCUGCUUGGAGCCCUGGCGCUCGGGACGCACGCCGGGCUCUCUGCCGCCCUGGCGGCGCCCGAAUGCCCCAUCCUCCCGGGGCAAGGCUGCGUGGGGGCGGGCGGGAGGAGAGCGCAGCUUGAUGGGGCCGGGGCGCCGGUGAAGCCAAAGAAGCGAGUCCCCUGUGAACCAGGAACGCUGCAGACAUUGUUCUUCGUACUCUCCAGGGCUCGGUCGAAUGUGGGUCCAAAUCACAUCACGUUAGAGACAUCCCUACUCUUUGCCUUGCUUAAUGUUUUUCCUGUAAACCGUGCCACUGAUACUGUCGCUAUUUUAGAAGAUAAACCGUAUCUCCUUUGA